AUGUUUAUUUUCACGGUGGUUUGUUUGGCUUUCAUCGGGUUUACAAUUGCAAUUCCACUUGAUAACGGUGUAGAAGGUGAACCCGAGAUCGAAUGCGGACCUACUUCAAUAACAAUUAAUUUCAACACACGAAAUUCAUUUGAAGGACAUGUUUAUGUUAAAGGCCUGUAUGAUCAGCAGGGAUGUAGGUCUGAUGAAGGCGGACGUCAAGUAGCUGGCAUAACUUUACCUUUUGAUACUUGUAAUGUGGCCCGUACUCGUUCUCUCAAUCCUCGUGGAGUAUUCGUUACUACAACUGUAGUCAUCUCUUUCCAUCCAUUAUUUAUUACUAAAGUAGAUCGCGCUUAUCGCGUGCAAUGCUUUUAUAUGGAGGCCGAUAAAACAGUUAGUACUCAAAUCGAAGUUUCUGAAAUUACAACUGCAUUUCAAACACAAGUUGUUCCAAUGCCUGUCUGCAGAUAUGAAAUUCUUGAUGGCGGUCCAACCGGGCAACCAAUUCAAUUUGCUCUUAUUGGCCAACAGGUUUACCAUAAAUGGACAUGUGAUUCGGAAACGGUUGAUACAUUCUGUGCCAUUGUGCACUCAUGCUUUGUUGAUGAUGGCAACGGUGACACCGUUCAAAUCCUUAAUGAAGAAGGAUGUGCCCUCGAUAAAUUUUUAUUGAACAAUUUGGAAUAUCCAGCUGAUCUUAUGGCUGGCCAAGAGGCACACAUUUAUAAAUAUGCCGAUCGAUCACAACUAUUCUAUCAAUGUCAAAUCACUAUUACAAUCAAAGAGCCAAAUAGCGAAUGUGAACGACCAAAAUGCACUGAACCGCAAGGUUUUGGAGCUGUUAAAGCAGGUGGUGGUAGCCAACGAAUAGCAACUGCCCUGCCACGGCUUCUCAAAAAACGUUCUGCCGAUUACGAUAACACAAUGGAUGUUCGAACUGAUAUCAGUGCUCUUGAUAUUUCAAAUCAGAAUCAAGCUCUUCCAUUUGAUUUACGUCAUACAUCACAGUUCUAUUAUGGACAUCCAGUAGUAUUACAGUCGACAAAAGAUAUUAUAUGUGUUUCAUCAAUGGGUUUCUUAAUUGUUGCAGGGUUGGGAAUGCUUCUUACUGCUACUAUGAUCAUUUUUUCAUGUUCACGAAAGGUGUUUAUAUGA